AGCGAUUGCAACACGUAACGAUAAAUUAUGAAAAAAAAGAUUGGCAAAAAAUAUAUAAGAGGAUCGAUAUCGAUAUUAUUAAACAAUCACGUUGCACGCUGUAUCAGACGAACAGACUACGAUUAAUAUUUGAUUCAAAGAUGAAAGCGAUACUCGCGCUAGCCCUUGCCACUAUUUUGGUAGCCUUUGUCUCCGCAACUCCACCACCUAAGUGUCCGCCGAAUUCAGGCGAAGACGAAGUGAUCCUACUUCCGAAUCCAGACGAUUGUGGAUCUUACUACUCUUGCAACAGAGGAACGCCGUUCUUGAUGAAAUGUUAUCCAGGACUUGAAUUCAAUGCCGAGUUAAAGCUUUGCGAUUGGCCAGAAAACGCGCAUUGCCAAGUAACCGUGCAACCGACUUCGGAACCAUCUUCGACCCAAGCAUCGUAAACCGAAUAUGACGAAUAAAGAAUAAAAAACCUGGAGUGAUCCAACAUCUAAGGAAUCACAUCUUACAUAUAAUAACUAAUAAAUAAAUUAUUAAUAUGCAUUAUUAUUUGUGGAAUAUCGUUCAAAAACUAGCGGCUAAAAUUUUGUUAGAAAGUUGUUAAAUAAAAUGUAUAAAGAUUCGUUGAUACGUUAAAUAUAAUUAAAUUAUCGUAAA